AUGUCGGCCCCGCUGGUCAAGGUCCUGCACCGAUUGCAAGAGCUCUUCCACAACGUCGUCGCCGCACUCGAAAACAUGAUCCUCUUCCCCUCCCUGUUCCGCGGACUCUCGCGCCGCCGCCGGAAACCCUUCCUGGGCGCUCAUUGGAAACGCCGCUCCCUCGAUGACUUCGCCGAUGAAGUCGAAACCGCAUGCUCCGCCCCCUUGUCAACUCGAAACAUGGCCGAUAUGUCCGAAAAGAUUCGCGCUCAGUUCCGAACUUGCCUGCAGGACAGCCCAUGCUGCAUGCUCCCAUCCUACGAUACGACGCUCCCCGCUGGCACGGAGAAGGGCACAUAUCUCGCGUUGGAUGUGGGUGGCUCGACCUUCCGCGUGUCCUUGAUUGAGUUGAAUGGGCGGGAUGAGGAAGUGCGGAUCCUGAAGGUGUCGUCGGCGCAGAUCGAUCAUAGUGUGAAGCUUCUGGAAGGGACACAGUUCUUCGAUUGGAUGGCCGGGCAGAUUGAGAUCGUGCUCAGGGAGAUGGGAGUCGACUACGGGCGUAGUGAGGUUCCGCUGGCUAUGGGUCUGUCUUGGUCUUUCCCGAUCGAGCAGACCUCGCACGGAAGCGGACUGGUGGUUCAAAUGGGCAAAGGGUUCAAGGCUUCAGACGGCACGGUAGGCCUGGAGCUCGGGGAUCUCAUUGUCCAAUCAUGCCGCAAGCGCAAUUUGAACGUAGAGGUGGCCGCGAUCGUGAACGACGGCUCUGCGGCUCUCUUGUCGCGCGCCUACGUUGACCCCAAGACCCGUAUGUCCCUUAUCCUGGGCACUGGUACAAACAUGGCAAUCCAUUUCCCUGUGCAUGAGAUUGGGAGGUCCAAGUUCGGUGUUCGUCCGGACGGCUGGUUCGACUACGCCAAACACGUCAUUAUCAACAGCGAGAUGAGCAUGUUCGGUGGUGGCGUACUGCCCAUGACUCGUUGGGAUGACUACCUGAACUGCACUCACCUGCGUCCCGACUACCAGCCACUCGAAUACAUGAUCACCGGACGGUACUUGGGUGAGAUUGUGCGUCUCAUCAUGGUCGAGGCUGUCGAAACUGCCCGUCUCUUCAACGGCAACCUUCCCCACUCCAUGCGCGAACCCUACUCUCUUGACACCAGCAUUGUCGCCUUCAUUGAAGAGGACUCCUCUCCAUCUCUCUCCGCUUCCGCCGCCCUCCUACAAAAGCAGCACACUUUCCCCAAUCUCCCAUCUCCUGAAGAUCUCCGCUUCCUGCGCCGCAUCUGCCAGACCGUCUCCCGUCGCGCAGCUGGCUACCUCGCAACAGCAAUUCACAGCAUGUGGUGUCUGCGCAACGAGGUCGAAUUCCCCUCAUCACCCAUCACAGAUUCCCUCGACAAGGAAUCGCCCGAAAUAACUGUCAUUGAAAGUGAAGAUUCCUCCAAGAACCUAUCCAUCGCUUGUGACGGAACAGUUAUCAACAAGUACCCUGGUUUCCAGGACGCCUGCCAGGCUUACCUGAACAAGCUGACCGAAGAAACACACCCCGGUACUGGAGCCUCUAUCCGAUUGAACCCUGCGCCAGAGAGUGCUAUUCUCGGAGCGGCUGUUGCUGUUGCCGUGGCUGUGGCCGAAAAGUCCGCUAAGCAGUAA